UGCCUUCCCCCGGGCCCUCUCCGGAGCCCCCGGGCCGCGCCCUGAGGGGCCGGCACGCGCCGCCUCACGGGGCCGAGCGCCGCCCCCGCCGCAGCUCAGCGGGGCCGCUGCCGCCUCAGCGCCCGGUCCGGCGGGCGGGUGGCCGCUGCCCCGGCCGCUCCGCCGUGCCGAGACACAGAGAACGCUGUCUCUCAGGUGCCCAGCUCCCGCCAGGUCUCCGGCCCUGCGGGGCCGCCCGCCGUCGGUUGGGGUGGGAGUCGCGCCUCAACCGAGAGGGGCUUCGAAAUGGCGUUCGCCAUUCGCCACGCAGUCCUCUGGCGGUCAGAGCCGGGCAGGGGUUGUCACUUCUCUAGCGAGUCGCUGCUGGCAGGGCUUAUCACUGUCGCCGUGAGCCGGUCUUGGCCCCAGCGAAGUCUGCUCUCAGCCCCGCGGACUUAGGCGGGGAAGGGAGGCGGCCUCAGCCCCGCUGAGCUGGGUCCUGGGCUGCCGGGGGCACGGGUGGCGGCGCUCUUGGAAGCGCUGCUGCUGAGGCUGUGCGGGUAGCCCGCCUCCGAGGGGGCCACCAGCUGUACCUGUUUUUCCAAAAUCAUAGGUAAGGAUUGCUGAGGAAAAAAAAAUCUCCAUGAUUAAAAAUGGCAGAAGAUACUACAAGGCAAGAAGUAAGUAGGCGUGACACGGAAUUCAGGCCCAUCGGGACAAGGCCAUGAAUAACUGAAGAGAAGUUUCUGUUUAUUGCUCAGAGAGACAGUACAUUUUGCUGGGUUGAGCAUAUGGCUAACAGGAGCUAUGUCAGAUGAGAACGCGGCAAGUCCUGAAGCAAACCAGUUUAGGAAGCCAUUGUAUGGAUUGUUUCAGUAUAAUUCCAGUAUGAUCGGACUAGAAUCAUUAGCUGAUCCCUCAGAUACCUGGGAAAUUAUAGAGACUAUUGGGAAAGGCACUUAUGGUAAAGUCUAUAAGGUUGCUAAUAAGAAAGAUGGAAGCUUGGCAGCAGUAAAGAUUUUGGAUCCUGUCAAUGAUGUAGAUGAAGAAAUUGAAGCUGAAUAUAAUAUUUUGCAGUUUCUUCCCAAUCAUCCUAAUGUUGUUAGAUUUUAUGGAAUGUUUUACAAAGCAGAUCAAUAUGUGGGAGGACAGCUCUGGCUAGUACUUGAGCUGUGCAACGGAGGUUCUGUCACAGAGCUUGUCAAAGGCCUGCUGAAGUGUGGCCGAAGAUUGGAUGAAGCUAUCAUCUCAUACAUCUUAUAUGGUGCUCUCUUGGGCCUUCAGCAUUUACACAAUAACCGGAUCAUUCAUCGUGAUGUGAAAGGGAACAACAUUCUCCUGACAACAGAAGGUGGAGUCAAGCUCGUUGACUUUGGUGUUUCAGCUCAGCUCACCAGCACACGGCUCCGUAGAAACACCUCCGUGGGAACACCCUUUUGGAUGGCACCUGAGGUCAUUGCUUGUGAACAGCAGUAUGACUACUCAUAUGAUGCUCGAUGUGACGUAUGGUCCUUGGGAAUAACAGCUAUUGAACUGGGGGAUGGAGACCCUCCUUUAUUUGACAUGCAUCCGGUGAAAACCCUUUUUAAAAUUCCAAGAAAUCCUCCACCUACUUUGCUACAUCCUGAAAAAUGGUGCAGAGGAUUCAACCAUUUCAUUUCACAGUGUCUAAUCAAAGAUUUUGAGAAGCGUCCUUCGGUCACCCAUCUUUUGGAACAUCCGUUUAUUAAACAAGUACAUGGUAAAGAUAUGUCUUUGCAAAAACAGCUGGCUGAGCUCAUCCAAGAACAGCAGCAGCUAGGCUCCGUAGCCAAAACAAGGCAUGAAAGAAUACAUACUAGAAGACCCUACCAUGUGGACAGAGCUGACAAGUACUCUCUAGAUGACGAUCUGGUAAAUCUAGAAGUUCUCAAUGAGGAUACUAUUAUCCAUCAGCUGCAAAAACGUUACGCUGACUUACAGAUUUAUACUUACGUUGGAGACAUAUUAAUAGCCUUGAACCCCUUCCAGAAUCUCAGCAUUUAUUCUCCCCAGUUCUCCAAGCUUUACCAUGGUGUGAAGCGUUCAUCAAAUCCCCCCCACAUAUUUGCCUCUGCAGAUGCUGCCUACCAAAGCAUGGUUACAUUCAGCAAGGAUCAGUGCAUUAUCAUCAGUGGGGAAAGUGGUGCUGGGAAGACAGAAAGUGCCCAUCUGAUCGUCCAACAUUUGACCUUCUUGGGAAAGGCCAAUAACCGUGCUCUGCGUGAGAAAAUUCUUCAGGUGAAUCCUCUGGUUGAAGCAUUUGGAAAUGCCUGCACUGCCAUCAAUGACAAUUCAAGUCGCUUUGGAAAAUAUCUGGAAAUGAUGUUUACACCUACAGGAGCUGUAAUGGGGGCAAAGAUUUCUGAAUAUCUACUUGAAAAAUCAAGGGUCAUAAAACAGGCUGUGGGAGAAAAAAAUUUCCAUAUAUUUUAUUAUAUUUAUGCUGGCCUUUAUCAUCAGAAGAAACUUUCUGAAUAUAGACUUCCUGAUAAAAAGCCCCCUAGAUAUAUUGAUAAUGAAACUGGAAGAGUAAUGCAUGAUAUUGUUACCAAAGAUUCCUAUGGAAGACAAUUUGAAGCAAUUCAGCAUUGUUUUAGAAUUAUAGGAUUUACUGAUGAGGAAGUGUAUUCAGUGUACAGAAUACUGACUGGAAUUUUAAAUACUGGAAAUAUUGAGUUUGCUGCUAUUUCUUCACAACAUCAAACAGAUAAAAGUGAGGUUCCUAACCCAGAAGCCUUAGAUAAUGCUGCUGCACUACUAAGCAUUGGGUCAGAAGAACUUCAAGAAGCCCUAACCUCCCAUUGCGUUGUAACACGGGGUGAGACUAUUAUCCGGACGAACAGCGUGGACAAAGCAGCGGACGUGCGGGAUGCCAUGUCUAAAGCGCUUUAUGGCCGCCUCUUCAGCUGGAUCGUAAAUCGCAUUAAUACGCUGCUUCAGCCAGAUAAAAAUAUAUGCAAUGCUGAAAGUGGGAUGAAUGUUGGGAUACUGGACAUAUUUGGAUUUGAGAACUUUGCAAGAAAUUCUUUUGAACAGCUGUGCAUAAAUAUUGCUAAUGAACAGAUCCAGUUUUACUUCAAUCAACAUAUUUUUGCACUGGAGCAGAUGGAAUAUCAGAGUGAGGGAAUUGAUGCCACUACAGUGGAGUAUGAGGACAACCGUCCGCUCCUAGAUAUGUUCCUUCAGAAGCCCAUGGGUCUUCUGUCCCUGCUAGAUGAAGAAAGUCGAUUUCCUCAGGCAACAGACCUAACUUUAGUUGAUAAGUUUGAAGAUAACUUACGAUGUAAAUACUUCUGGAGACCAAAAGGAGUGGAACUGUCAUUUGGAAUUCAGCAUUAUGCUGGAAAGGUAUUAUAUGAUGCCUCUGCAUUCCUUGAGAAGAACAGAGACACUCUUCCUGCUGACAUAGUGGUGGUGUUGCGAACUUCAGAGAACAAACUUCUUCAGCAGCUGUUCUCUAGCCCAUUAACAAAAACGGGUAAUUUGGCACAAGCAAGAGCCAGAGUGACAGCAGCAUCUCGGUCUCUGCCUCCGCAGCUCAGUGCUGGGCGUAUCAAGUCUCCUAAAUACCUCCUGAAGGUUGACACAAUGGAGGUUAUGCGGCAUCCUGAGGAAACAACUAACAUGAAGCGGCAAACUAUGGCUUCCUAUUUUAGGGUACAAAAAUGAAAAUGAAAACAAGCAUUUUGAUAAUAAGACAAAUAGAUAGAUGUAAAAUAUUUGUGGGAUAGUAAGAUCAAAGAGCAAUAUCGGAGAAUUUUUUUAUUCUGUUACAAGGCCUCUGUAGAUUCAUAAACUUUUUUUUUCUUUUUUCUCUUUGUUUCCUCAUACCUGUAUUUUUGUUAUUUCAUUGAGUACAUUGAUAACAGAAUCUAGAGCCUAGACUAUUUUCUGUCUAAAAUGCUAGAGGUCUAGAACAGGUCUCGUUAUAAACAGAACACCAAUUUUGUGCAAAUAAAAUAGGUGCUAUCACUAAAGUCUUCAUAUUUUUCCACAAGCUGAGGCAUACGUUCCUUUAAAGAUUAAGAUUUUUCAUUUAUGCUAAUAAGGAAAAAACCAUCCAUCUUUUGGAAGCACUAUUGUAAAUCAUACAGGUUGCCAAUUUAUCGGUAGUAGUCCUGUCUGAGGUAAUGCACAUUCUGCUCGUGUGUUUAAAUCAAACAAGCAGGGAAAGGGCAUUGAGAAUGUUGGAACUGGAAGCUUAGGAGUCAAGAAAGUGCUAGUCUGAGACUGCUCAGGAGUCAAGAAAGUGCUAGUCUGAAACUCUUGGUUACUGUUUUUUUUCUUGCAGUCAUUGCAAAGUGGGAAAGUUUUCAGGCUCUUGGGCUGCACUUGUGCCAUGCAGAAUAGAGAAGUUCACAGAGUUGUGCUAACCAGUGUGAGUCAAAGCUUCAAGCUGUGUAGGAAUACCUGAUCAAUUUGUUUUGUAGAAUAGUGUAAGAAAGGGUAUAGAGGAAGCUGGUAUAUACUGAGUUGUUGCCCUAGUGUGGAAAGUGCAAGGACACUGAUAUUCAGACUUGUCAUACAGGUGUGCACUUAGAGGGCUCUUGCACAGAACCACACAAAUGCUAGCUCUGUAGGAGCUGUAAAAAGAAAAAAAAAAGUGUAAUGGGGGAGUGAGUGUGGGAGUAGAUCGUAAUACACAUGCAACCUGCAACAAGGUGAUGACAAUCAGCUUGGAAUUAUAUGUGAUUUUGAGACACAUAUGGUUAUAUGAGAUUAAACGUAGUUGACAACACAUACUUAUUGUGCAACAGCUUAAUGAGUAUGGAGCAGGAGUACCAGUAUUCAGAGGAGUCAAUGGAAAAAAAUAUAUAUGCUCUGAUCAAACAUUUUUCAUUUUAGUUGAAAAUUAAAUGGAGUAAAUUGUUUUGCGUGUGUAGGGUCAAUAGGAAAAGAAGUAAUGGACCUUCAUUUCAGUGGCAAGAUUUAUGUUAGAUGCUAAGAAAUGUAUGAAUAGUCAUGGUAAUAUAGCAGUUGAACAGAUUUCUAGGGAGACUGUGCACUUUAUAUUCUCAGUGAUUCUGAAAAACUAAUGUAACAGAGGUGGACCUGAAAUUAUAAAGAUACAUCUGGUGUUCUCUGUGGACAGUGCACUGAACUGAUGACUUCUUGCAACCCUUUCCUGGGUUCAGAAAUUAAUUUGCUGUGAAUUUAAGUGAUUGUUUCAUGGUAAAGCUUGUAUUUCUGGUGGGGAUAUUUGGUCAAUCAAAUGUGUCUACAGUAGAAUUAUAGUUAGGACAAUUUUCAACUUUGUUUUUUUUUUAAUGGACAUUCUUCAACUAUGGAAAUGCGAUAUAAGGAGAAGAGAAAGGUGUAAGAAGCAAGGGAUAAGAUUCAGAAUAUUUAAAAUUUUUUUAUAACUGAAAACUUUUAAUAAGUUCCAUGUUUCAGCUGAAAUCUUAAAAAUUAAUAGAAAGGCAAUGGAGAUUAACAUUACAUAUUAAAAUAUAGUUAGGCAUUAUGAACUGUUUACAAAUAUGAAUCUCCUGCUUAAGUCAUUCCAUUGCAGUUUUUUGUCGAGUAUGUGCAUCUCCUUUAUUUUCCU